UGUUGGUACAAUCACAAUGGCACCAGGUUCGCAGAGAAACGCAUGUCUCUCAUGUCGCCAGAGAAAGCUCAAAUGUGAUCGACAACAACCAUGUGCAAACUGUGUUGCUCGGUCGGUCGAGUGCACAGAGCAAGACUUGCCUCCUAACCGAGCAGUCAAGAGACCAUUACCUCCAGAGCCAGACUCUUCAGCACUGUCGAACAUACUCUCGAGACUAGAUCAAAUUGAAACUUAUCUGAGCCCAACAAAAAGGAGCAAGCAUGUCUCUAUAUCAACCCCAAUUGGCAACCAGCUGAACGCCAUUCGAUUCAACUUGCCCAGCGUCGUCUCGCAAACCCAAGAACCUGCUUUCAAUAACGUUGCUGAGUUCAUGCCUCCUGAAGACCAGAUGCAAGCGACCAAAUACUCAGUCAACGAUAGUUUCUUGCGUCGCGCGCUCAUGCACGAUCUUAGUAUAUCGAUCUCAGCAGAAUACAAAUCGCAGAAAACAAUCGAACCUCGCCACAUACAACUCCCUCCCAAGUGGGAGACAAUGCGCCUGUUUCAAUUAUACUUCCAAUACUUGGGCCACGUCCAAAACAUCAUCUACGAACCUCAUGCAAGCAUUAUUGUAAACGAUGCAUAUGACCAGAUAGUCAAUGUUUCUGCAACGACUGCUCCUCGAGGUCUCUCCUUGAUAUUAUCCAUCAUAGCGUUGGCGACGAUCCUUGAGCCCGUAGAUGGAAACUUGACUACAGCAAUUCCAAUACUAAAGGAAAGGCUAGGGUUAUUUGCCACCUACAUCCGGAUGGCGAUGGACUCCCUGGAGCAACAUCGUCGAAGAGCAGAUCAUACUCUCGAAAACGUACAGGCAUUGAUCCUCCUCAGUUUUGGCAUCCAUCACACCGAGACCUUUUCUCCAAGAUACCGUGUCUUACUUGCUGAAGCUAUUGCUGUUUCCCAUAGCCUCGGACUUCAUGUUGUUGACCGGGCAUCUGCUAAACGGGGCCAUCCAAAGGUUGAGGCGGAUCCAAUGACACAGGAGAUAAAGAGAAGAGUCUGGUGGUAUCUCACUGCAACAGAUUGGGCAUCGUCAAAGGCAGAAGGAACGUCUGGAGCUACUUACCUCAUCCAACCGAAUCUCAUCAAUACCAACCUUCCAAAACAUAUCAAUGACAGUGAUAUCAGUAACCCCGAGUAUAAGGAGCGGCCCCUUUCGGAACCAACCACUAUGUCCUACAACCUCCAGCGCAUCAAGGUCGCCGAGGUAGUUCGCUGCAUUUCUGAUCUAAUGCCGCAUGAUCCAAGCGAAGCUUCAUGCGAGUUAAUACUUUCACUCGAUGCAAAGCUGGAGUCUUUGCUAUGCGAUCUCCCGGAUUUCUUCAAAAUUGAAUUGUCAGAGUCUGAAGGGACCAAACAGAUUGACCAAAACUAUCCCCAUAUCCCAAUGCAGCGACUCUUGAUCAACCUACUGAUCAACAUUUUCCGAUGCGGACUACAUUUCCCCUACCGUCCUGGGCGUGCCAACAAGGCUCUGCACGCGUUUUCACGUCAGGCCAGCCUGAAAGCUGCUCGAGCUGUCCUUUCUUCCCAUCGAGGCAUGACUAUGACACACAUGUCGCACUCUGCCGAUUUCAUGAAGAUCCAGGGCACGAUAUUUCACAUGUUCAUAGGGGCUCUUGUUCUCACUACAGAUAUCUGCUGCAACCAGGAUGAUGAGACGCAGUCUUCAGAGCUGAUAGGUGUUCUGAAGAAGCUGGACGACGUCAAGGAUCACUCUCAAAUGGCUGCAAAGUUACUAGAUGUUUUGACGCAGUUGCUAGUCGCAUAUGGUGUUUGGUCACCCUCUACAACUAUCUCUACAUAUACAGAAGAUACAACGCCAUUAGAUUUCAGCUUGUCGGGACAUGAGGGCCCAAGGGUCGAUAGUCUUGAUACGCCUUUCUCGUUUGAUGAGCUGUGGGAGACAUACAUCGGACAGCCUUGUGGGUUAGAUAUGUUGGAUCUUUUGGAAGCAUGAGAUUAAAAUAAUAGUUAAUUAACAAUAACUUGAAUCUGAGGUUUAAGAGGCCAGUUGACUCGAAUUAGGGCACCCCUUCGAGA